CCCAGGGGGAGGAGUGUGGGCUUAAAGCGGGGAGAGCCGGUCUGAGGGUUCACAUCGCGCCUGGCAGCGCAGGCUCGGACACUGAAGUGACUCUUCCCUUGCCCGGGAAGCUGUGCGCGGCUCUGCUUCUCCCCGGGACACCGGAAGGUCCUUUCACACCGCAAUGGCACGGGCUGGAGAUGGGACCCGGGCAGGGAAAGUUGCUGCUGGGAGGAGUGCCAGCAUGGUGCAUUCACUGAUUGAAGCGUAUUGCUUACUUGACCAGAUGAAGAUAGUCAAGCCAAAAGUGGCCUCCAUGGAGGAAAUGGCGAGUUUUCACACAGAUGCUUACCUGCAGCACCUGCAGAAGGUCAGUGAGGAGGGAGAUGAUGACCACCCGGAGUCUGUGGAGUAUGGACUGGGUUAUGACUGUCCAGCCUCUGAAGGGAUCUUUGAGUAUGCAGCAGCUGUGGGAGGAGCCACCAUCACUGCAGCCCAGUGCCUGCUGGAUGGCAAGUGCAAGGUAGCAAUUAACUGGCCUGGAGGGUGGCAUCAUGCAAAGAAGGAUGAAGCUUCUGGCUUCUGUUACCUGAAUGACGCUGUCUUGGGGAUCCUGCGGUUGCGCCAGAAGUUUGACCGUGUCCUUUAUAUCGAUUUGGAUCUGCAUCAUGGGGAUGGAGUUGAGGAUGCCUUUAGUUUCACCUCGAAAGUCAUGACGGUUUCUCUGCACAAAUUUUCACCUGGAUUUUUCCCAGGCACCGGUGAUGUGACAGAUGUUGGCCUGGGAAAAGGUCGCUAUUACAGCGUGAAUGUGCCCAUUCAGGAUGGCAUUCAGGAUGAAAAAUAUUACCAGAUCUGUGAAUCAGUGCUGAAGGAAGUGUAUGCUGCCUUCAACCCCGAUGCAGUUGUGAUGCAGCUGGGGGCAGACACCAUUGCUGGAGACCCCAUGUGCUCUUUCAACAUGACACCCGAGGGAGUGGGCAAGUGCCUCAAGUAUGUCCUGCAGUGGCAGCUAGCAACUCUUAUCCUGGGAGGAGGAGGUUACAACCUUGCCAACACAGCUCGCUGCUGGACAUACUUGACUGGGGUCAUCCUUGGGAGAACACUGUCCUCUGAGAUCCCUGAUCAUGAGUUCUUCACUGAGUAUGGUCCUGAUUACGUGCUGGAGAUCACACCAAGCUGCAGACCAGACCGCAAUGAGCCACAGAGAAUUCAAGAAAUUCUGGACUCUAUCAAAGGGAAUCUGAAGCACGUUGUUUAGCAGAAAAGGAAGGCUCAGGCAAGAGCAUUUCCUAUGGGGAAGACGGCAUAUUUACGUGAACGACUGGUGAAAUUCGUGGCUGCAGGGAAACUUUUGAAGAAAGUACUGUUGGUCGGUUAAUUUUUUUUCUCUUUAAAGAAGAAAAGCUGCUGCUGCGCUGUGGCUCUCCCCAGGCAGGAGUGUGGGCCCGCCAUCCACAACCUUCCAGUGCUGGCAGAGCCUCCCUUGCUCCUUUCUCUUUCCUUUUCUAACACCACAGUUUGUUCUUACAACUGCUUUUAAAUGUAUUUUAAGAGAGGGGCUGCUCAGAGCUGUGAGUCCUCCUCCCCUAGAGCCCAGUGCAAUGUUACCUACCUGGCAGGGCCACAGCCUCAGAGCUGCCCACUCGGGAAAGUAGAGCCUCAGGGCCACCCUGGGGUACCACAGAAUUGUGUCUCUUACCCAUAGAAAGGCACAUAACUGGGAUUUAACUGGGAUUUUUAACUGGGAUUUUUUAAAAAAAUAAAAUACUUGAAAUACUC